AUGAAUUAUAAGAAGCAUAAGGAGAUUAGGAUAAAAAGACUUUAUCAAAAAAUGUAAUUUAUAAUUUUAAUUAUUAUUUAUAAGAAUGGAGAAAUUCUUUCGAAAAUUUUUUAUAUCUAUUUUAAGGUAUUUAAAUUACCUCGAGUAUCUAAAUAUUAUGAAUCUGCACUAAAUGGUAUUUUAUAAUAUGUUCAUUUAAUAAACAUUGAAUUGAUAUAAAGAAUUUUUGAUUGUUAUUAUAAUCAACGAAUGUACUAAGGUAAAAAAAGGACAAUUUUUUGAAAUAUAUUAACUUAAGAUUAAAGACAAUUUUAGCAUUAUAAUCAAUUAUUGAUGGUCCAGCAUCAGUAUUUGGAAUAGAUGAUAAAGAAACAAUGCAAAGAUUUUAUGUUUGUUUAUUGGACAUAUGUUUGAACUGUAAAAUAAAGAUUACUGAAGAAGAAGAAAGUCUAAUAAUAAGAAUAAUGGAUAGUGGAUUUAUAAAGAAAAGGCAUUUUCCUUAAGAAGUGACAGGAUCAUUUGUAAAAAUUCUUAUUUAAAUUGCAAAAAAUUCUGAGUAGAUUAGAUUUAUAUAUGCAAUUUGUUAUUGUUUAAAAUUGAUGAUAUAGAAAUUUCAGAAAACAUAAAAAAUGUUGGAAGAAGACAAUGAAGGUUUCGGGAUGAAUUCUUACAAUGUGAAAUAUGAUGAUUCAUCAUGUACAAAUGCUUUAAAUUCAUCUAUUUUUGAAGAGAUAAAGGAAAUAAAGAAUGUAAAUAUAUUAAUAUCAAGAUUUAGAAAUACAAGAAUUAGCAAAAACUGUAAUCAAUAGUAACAAAACUAUUAAAAAAUGAGCCAAUGCCUUAACAUAUGUUGAAUAAAAGUGUUUAUGAUGUAUAUAGAUAAUGA